UGAGACUUGACGCUAGAGUUCAGGCGCUAGGUCGGGAUGAAUGGGAGCAAAACGCUUCCAAAUCCCACGAAAUCACGUGACCACGGCGGAGGGUUUCUCCCCGCGUGAAGACUGGCAAGGAAUUUAAAGAUGUCAGCAGUGGUAGUCGUGCAUGGUGGGGCGUGGGCCAUACCAGAUGAACUGGCCAAGGCCUCUGUUGAUGGAGUAAAAGUUGCAGCAAGGGAAGGGUUUUCAGUGCUGAAAAGAGGAGGAAGUGCACUGGAUGCUGUUGAGGCCGCUGUGAGGGCUAUGGAAGAUAACACUGUGUUUAAUGCAGGGCACGGAGCAGCACUAAAUGCUGAUGGAGAAGUGGAGCUGGAUGCCGUUAUCAUGGAUGGAAGGACACUUGGUAGUGGUGCGGUGUCUUCAGUGAAGAACAUUGCCAACCCUGUGUCACUGGCACGGGCAGUGAUGGAAAAGACUGCCCACAUCAUGUUGACAAGCAGAGGUGCAAACUUGUUUGCAGAAAGCAUUGGCAUGGUCACAGUUCCCACUGACUCACUGGUGACUGAGUAUGAGAGGAGAGAAUGGGAGAAGCACAAGAAUUAUGAUACUGGAGUAAUGGAAGAUUUCAACACUCAGUGGGCCCAUGAUACUGUUGGGGCAGUUUCUGUGGACUGUGCUGGUAAUGUUGCAUGUGCAACAUCAACUGGAGGGAUCAGAAAUAAAAUGGUUGGCAGAGUAGGAGACUCUCCGAUCAUUGGCUCUGGAGGAUAUGCGGACAACUUCAGUGGUGCAGUGUCUUGUACCGGUCAUGGAGAGUCUAUUCUUAAAGUCACAUUGGCCAGACUCAUUCUUUCACAUAUUGAACAAGGUAAAUCAGCAGCAGAUUCUUCACAGUUGUCUUUGCAGUACAUGGCAGACCGUGUGCGUGGUGCAGGAGGCGCUAUUGUAGUUUCUCCAUCAGGACAGUGGGCAGCCACAUUUACCACAGAGCGAAUGGCCUGGGCAGCAGUGGAUCGUGAUGUUCUGUGGUAUGGAUUAGACCCAAAUGAAAGAUUUAAACAGCAGUUAUCCCAAUAAUCAUUUUGGCAGUUUUUAUCCUGAUUAGUCAUAGUAUUGAGCCAUAUAAUAGUGUUUUCUACCAGUUCACUAUGGUUUGGAUCACUUGCUCUGUCUUGGUGGACAUUUAGUACUGUUUCUAUCCAAAUCAAAUGAGUAGCAUUUUCAUCUUUAUAAUCUGCAAUGUCAGAGCUACGUAUUUCGACACGUAUGUACAGUGAAACAAACUGUAAAAGAUGGAGAAGGUGGAUAUUAGAGUACACAAGUCUCAAGAUCGGUUAUUUGAGCACUAGUCCAUAAAUUGAUAAGUUUUUCUUAUCCCUUGAA